UUGCGCCACAUUCAAGUUUGCAAACCCGCGCGAUAAGGAUCGUUCUUUGUGGCCGUUCGUUUCAAUUUCAGAUUUUUUUUCACAAUUUCGCAGUAAAUUCGUCAAAAAUAUCGGAAAAUGUCCCAAAAAGGUAAGACAGUUUCCAAAACGAAGCAAACAAAGUCGUCCCGAGCGGGAUUAGCCUUCCCGGUGGGUCGAAUUACUACCGCCCUGAAGAAGGGCCAGUACGCCGAUCGCAUCGGAACGGGUGCCGGAAUUUAUAUGGCGGCCGCGCUGGAAUAUCUGAUGGCCGAAGUGCUGGAACUGGCUGGAAACGCCGCCAAGGAUAACAAGAAGAGCCGCAUUGUUCCGCGUCACAUCCAGUUGGCUGUCCGGAAUGACGACGAGCUAAGUCAGCUGCUGAAACAUGUGAGCAUCUCCCAGGGCGGCGUGUUGCCCAACAUCCACACGGUGCUGCUGCCGAAGGGAACCCAGAUCAAGAAGGCGGCUGCAAUGGGUAGCGAUGCUGGACCAAGCCAGGAGUACUGAGAGAAGGAGGUAUUUAGCCAUCCUAUAGGGAGCAGAGAUUACUUUGCGCGGAGAAGCAUCACUGUACCUUUCUUUACCAUGACCAAGUUGAUUUUUAGAGGAUAAGAAAAGCGUGCCAGUGGCAUAGCCUUGUUAGUUUGUAAUAUGCGCUUUGAAUAUUGGAACUUACGGAUUUGAGAUUAAAUAUAUGUAUUUUAAUUAACGAUAA